UCUUAUGAAGCCCAGACUGUGACUACGCGACCUAGCUGUUGUCAACACAUAGGCUAUUGAAGGCUAUAGUCUAUAGCAUGGUGACUCUGAGAUCUCCAUCAAUACUUAGAUACAAAACCCGCAGCCGUUAUUUUUACAGCGUUUGGCUGAUAAGUUAAACUUUGUGUACAUCUUUAGAACUGCAGCAUGUGUUUGCAAUAGAGAUCCUAUCCAGCCUGUCUGCCUGCCUGCCACGCCGUGCCAGUGCCGAGGAAUGGACAGCGUGCCUGGCACAGGUGAAAGUGAUGGUCAGUCGGAGCGAGAUAACGGCAGCAGUGCAUCGAUGGCCGCACUACAGCAGUGCAAACUCAUCCAGAAUAUGAUCGAAAUCUCCAUCUAUAGUUUACAAGGACUCAGGACGAAAUGCGCCGCGUCUAACGACCUCACACAACAAGAGAUACGCACUUUAGAGGUGAAGCUGGUGAACUACAUCAGCAGGCAGCUCCAAUGCAAGCAGCGCGUUCCAGAGAGCGAGAGGAGCCCAGCGCUGGACAGCUACCCGCACCUGGGGGACUGGCUUCGCACCAUCAACCUGAAACCAGAGAUCAUUGAGACAGUUCCUGUGACGCUGUCUCUGGAUGCGCUGCUGCAGAUGUCUACCUGCCAGGUGCACGACACCAUGAAGAGGCUGGGCUCCAGCUCCGACGAGUGCUCCCACAUCACUGCUGCCCUCUCCUGUCUGAAAAGCACUACUGAGCGAGGAGAAGAGUUGAGAGAGGACGGAAUUCCGUGGAUCUCAGAACCCGUGCGACAGGACAACGGCUCCCCGACUCCCACAGACCAAGUCCUGUGUCCCUCUGUGGGGCAGAAUGUAGCCCUCACGCCUCACAGGUCUACGCCUGGCGCCAUAAGCCCAUGCACCCCCACCCUCACCAUGACCCCCUGCCCCCCACCCCCCGGACACGGACGCUCCAUUUCAGUGUCAGCCGUGCCCUUGUGUGACGGCCAGGACGCUCAGGGUGACUAUUACCCCUUCUCGCGGAUGGGCCGCAUCCACAGCAGUGCUGCCACCCCGCCCAUCACGCCCCCCUCCAUGAGAAGAUGCCAGCUGAGGACCCCGCGGACUCCCCCGCCCCCCUCCCGCAACCGGCUGGCCCAGCUCCUGCCCAACAUCACCCUGACCCGCAGCAAGAGCCACGAGUCCCAGCUAGCAAACCGCAUUGAGGAGCCCACCAGCAAGAGCGGGAAGAAGAGCAAGCUACCCCUGAACAUGCAGAUCAAUGGCGGCGGCGGGCUGGAGGACUCCCCGUCUCGCUCCCCACUGCUCCCAGUUCACAGUCCCUACAUCCUGCCAGGUACCCCAGGGCUCCUAGAGGAUGCGGUCCUCAAAAAUAAUUUGCUAAUACACCGGAGCUCCCCACAGACUGUUAGGAGGGAUUUUGGCCUUCCAGUCACACACAGGUUCUCAACCAAGUCCUGGCUGUCACAGGUGUGUCAGGUGUGUCAGAAGAACAUGAUGUUUGGCGUGAAAUGUAAACACUGCAAGUUAAAAUGUCACAACAAAUGCACAAAGGAGGCCCCACCAUGUCACCUACCUUUCCUUCCAUUUUCAAAGAUCAGAAGAACGGAGUCGGUUCCAUCGGACAUCAAUAAUCAAAUUGAUAGGACAGUUGAGAUCCCCCUAUUUGGCACUUUACCAAAGGCAAUAACAAAAAAGGACCACCCUCCUGUGCUGAACCAACAGCUGGACUCCAGCAGCAACCCCUCCUCCACCACCUCCUCCACCCCUUCCUCUCCGGCAAACUUCCCGAACGCCCACAACGCUACGCCACCCCCCAACCCUUCACCCAAAGGCCCCCGUGAUGGAAGGUUCCACUUCCCAGCUGCCUGCUACUUUCAGCAUAGACAACAGUUUAUCUUCCCUGAUGUGUCCAAUGCAUCCUGCCCGGAGAGCUACCACAACACUGGUGAGUCGGAGCAGAGUGAAGUGGAUCACGACCCGCAGCAGCAGCAGAGGCCACCACAGGGAGAGCAUGACAAGGCAGGUGAUUAUGAGGAGCAAGAGGAGGAGGAGGAGCACGGGAACCCCGAGGGGAAGACGGAGAAGUGCGGCAGCGGCUCAGACGGCGAGCCCGACGGGGACGAGCUGGACGACCUGCCCAGCUCUCGCGGAGGGAGCAACUGGCGAGGGCCGAUCUCCCGCAAGGCCAGCCAGACGAGCGUGUACCUGCAGGAGUGGGACAUCCCCUUCGAGCAGCUGGAGCUCGGCGAGCUGAUCGGGAAGGGCCGCUGGGGGAAGGUGCACCGCGGGCGCUGGCAUGGAGAGGUGGCAGUCCGCCUGCUGGAGAUUGAUGGCAAUAACCAGGAUCACUUGAAGUUGUUCAAGAAGGAGGUGAUGAACUACCGGCAGACGCGGCACGAGAACGUAGUUCUGUUCAUGGGAGCCUGUAUGAACCCACCGCAGCUUGCCAUCAUCACCAGUUUUUGUAAGGGGCGGACACUCUACUCAGUUGUCAGAGAGUCCAAAAGUAUGCUUGACAUUAACAAGACCAGGCAAAUAGCACAAGAGAUUGUAAAGGGAAUGGGCUAUCUUCAUGCAAAAGGAAUCGUACACAAAGAUCUGAAAUCCAAGAACGUUUUUUAUGACACAAACAAGGUGGUCAUCACAGAUUUUGGCUUGUUUGGGAUGUCUGGAGUUGUGCAGGAAGGACGGCGUGAGGAUCAGCUGAAGCUGCCACAUGGCUGGAUCUGUUACCUGGCUCCAGAGAUUGUGCGCAGGAUGGGCCCAGGGGUCAAUGAAGACUGCCUUCCUUUCUCCAGAGCUGCUGAUGUUUACGCUUUUGGCACCAUCUGGUACGAGCUGCAGGCCCGAGACUGGCCCAUCACACGGCAGCCCGCCGAGGCCACCAUCUGGCAGGUGGGCAGUGGAGAAGGCAUCAAGAAGGUGCUGGCAGAAGUCAGUCUGGGCAAGGAGGUCAACGACAUCCUCUCGGCCUGUUGGUCAUACUGUUUGGAAAUGAGGCCAACGUUCUCCCAGAUCACAGACAUGCUUGAGAAACUUCCUAAACUCAACCGCAGGCUUUCCCACCCUGGACACUUCUGGAAGUCUGCUGAGUCAUGGCAUCACCAUUGUCUGCGUGAGCACUGUAGUGAAGGUCUCCGCUCUCGAUGCCCUUACAAUUGACACCCUUCUAGUGCACACAGUGGGUUUUGUCAGAGGUAAACUAGUUUCAGCACCUGAUGUACUUGGUACUUGUGAUGUUUACAAAAUCAAGAACUUGACCUGAAAUUUGCGCUCUGAUUUUUGGAUCUCUUGGGAAAAAAGUGUGAAAGAUUUUCUUUAUGUGACUGAGACAUGGUAAUCUAGCAUAUAUUUCUAUAUUGUGUGCCUUUGUGAUGGACAAGUGAUGGUGUGACCCUGAUUAUCACCGCUUUGCCUUUGCGUCUAGCCAUUCACUGCUUAAACUCCAUCCUCUGUUCCCUGUCUUCUUUCUCUUAUGCUAUAAAAAUGCAAAAAAGGUAGAAGCUGAGCAAACCAAAACCUGCAAUUCUCGACCUGCAUUGCAUGCCUCUUAAAUGCUUGAAUUCUCUUAGUAAAACCAACUUACUUUUGGGAGAAUAUUCCCAUGAUCCACGGUGUGUUGUUUCACUCUAAUAAUAACUGAGAGACAUGCAAAUGAGUGAUUGAAAUGCAUUUGAUGUAGCAAUGUUGAAGUGAGAAGAGAAAUAAAAUAAGGGACUGAUUGACACUGUCUAUAGGCCUCCAUCUCUAUCACUUCUCAGCUUACCUUGACCUGGUUUAGGAGUCUGCGGCCCACUUGAUUAUCUGCUGUUGCGUGUCAGGACUUAUGGUUUCCUGUUUGCCAUUAGGGGGGUUUCUGUUUCUGAUGCUUGUGUGGCUCCUCUCAUUCUGCCCUGUACAAUUCAAAACCACAAUUGACUCUUGUUUUCACUCUUUUGCUCCCAUCCAUGCAUAUUUGAUGUACGUUGUCUAUUCUGCCUUAUCCUGACCAGAACAACAUUCAUCUGUUCAUGUGCCUAGCUCUCCACACACGCAAAAUAACUUGAUCUCAGCAGAGUUGUGAAGUACCUGUACACUAUAAAAUGUGAAUACUAUAAUGGUGAGGAAAAAAGGUUAAUGAAAGUUCUGCUGCACAAACUAUACAGUAUGUUGCAAAUUUAAUAAGUGGUUUCCCCACCCUGAAUGCUAUGCACAAAUCUAUAUGCAAAUCUGACCAAUACAUAUCUCUCUAGGAGGUUCAGUAACAUUUAAUAUAUACCCUAUAGUUUGGUUCAGUAACAUUUAAUAUAUACCCUAUAGUUUGAUUGUCAUUUAAUGGAAAUUGUAGAACCAAACCACAUUUCACUAUCAAUAAAUUUGGUUUUAGUUAUUCUGUUGUAGGCUACACCAGGAAACCUUCUUGGAUUUGGGCAUAUUCCAAAAUUAGACCUCUCCUGUGCAAUCUUAAGUGUAUCUGUGCACGUGUUUGUAUGAUUUGGUAUACAAAACAAUGUGAGUGUAUGUGUGCAUGUUUGUUUUUCACUGAAUGUAUUGCACUGGGCUACGAGUGUGCAUCACUAGAGAAACCUAGUGGAAGAUUGCUCUGAUUGAGUAUUCACAUAACUAUAGAGAACUUUUAAGAAAUUUAGAAAUAGAUGGAACAUUUUUUUUAUUCAAUGUCUGGCUUACAAACUGCUCUCAGUAUUUGUACAAAUGUUUUUUUUUUUUAUCAGCUUUUGACAGAAAUUAGUAGGUACUAAGUUUAUGGUAAUGUACAGGUCUUUAAACAGAUGGUUUUUAUGUACAAAAUGUUGUUAAACAGGAAUUGUACAUUUUUUAAGGGUAGAAAUAUUUUAUAUGUCCUGUAAGAAUUCAUAUUUUUGUACAGUCUUUUAUCUGCCCUCUGUGAACAAAUGUUCUCAUCAAAAGACAAUAAAUCUCGCUCAAGUCA